GAGAGAGAGAGUGAAUCAGAGAUUCAUCGAAUUAGGAAAUGGGUUCAGUGAAGAGACGUGAAAGUGGAAACAGCAACAGCAACAGAGAUAGAGAUGAAGAAAAACUGAUAGUGACGCCAUUAGGUGCUGGAAACGAAGUUGGUCGAUCAUGUGUUUACAUGACAUACAAAGGCAAAACAGUAUUGUUCGAUUGUGGAAUACACCCUGCUUAUUCCGGCAUGGCUGCUUUGCCAUACUUCGACGAGAUUGACCCUUCUACCGUCGAUGUCCUUCUCAUCACUCACUUUCACUUGGAUCACGCUGCUUCUUUACCUUAUUUUCUUGAAAAAACCACCUUCAGAGGUCGCGUCUUCAUGACCUACGCCACUAAGGCCAUUUACAAACUCCUCUUGUCUGAUUUUGUCAAAGUCAGCAAGGUCUCUAUUGAAGAUAUGCUCUUCGAUGAACACGACAUCAACCGCUCCAUGGAUAAAAUUGAGGUUAUUGAUUUCCAUCAAACGGUUGAAGUGAACGGUAUUCGAUUCUGGUGUUAUACUGCAGGCCAUGUCCUUGGUGCUGCUAUGUUUAUGGUUGACAUUGCAGGUGUUCGAGUCCUAUACACAGGAGACUAUUCACGCGAGGAAGACAGACAUCUCCGUGCUGCUGAAACACCACAGUUUUCCCCUGAUGUUUGCAUUAUAGAAUCCACCUAUGGUGUACAGCACCACCAGCCUCGCCACACGCGUGAAAAACGCUUCACUGAUGUUAUCCACUCAACCAUUUCUCAAGGGGGUCGUGUGUUGAUUCCCGCAUUCGCGCUUGGUCGUGCACAGGAGCUCCUCCUCAUUCUUGAUGAAUACUGGGCAAAUCAUCCAGAGCUCCAGAAUAUACCAAUCUAUUAUGCUUCUCCUCUUGCUAAAAAAUGUUUGACUGUGUACGAGACAUACACCCUUUCCAUGAAUGACCGGAUCCAAAAUGCAAAGUCCAAUCCUUUUUCAUUCAAGUACAUAUCGGCCUUAAGUAACAUUGAAGUUUUCAAGGAUGUUGGACCAUCUGUGAUGAUGGCAAGCCCUAGUGGACUUCAGAGUGGGUUGUCACGGCAAUUUUUUGAUAUGUGGUGCUCUGACAAAAAAAAUGCUUGCAUUAUACCAGGGUAUGUUGUUGAAGGGACACUGGCAAAAACCAUCAUCAAUGAACCCAAGGAAGUUACUCUCAUGAAUGGACUCACUGCACCUCUCAACAUGCAGGUGCACUACAUUUCCUUUUCUGCUCAUGCUGACUCUGCUCAAACAAGUGCUUUCUUAGAAGAGCUCAAUCCUCCCAACAUAAUUCUCGUUCAUGGGGAAGCUAAUGAGAUGGGGAGGCUCAAACAGAAGCUCAUGGGUCAAUUUGCUGAUCGUAACACCAAAAUCCUCACUCCAAAAAACUGUCAGUCUGUUGAGAUGUAUUUCAAUUCGCAGAAAAUGGCAAAAACCAUUGGCAAGCUGGCCGAAAAGACACCAGAAGUUGGUGAAACUGUCAGUGGUUUGCUAGUAAAAAAAGGCUUCACAUAUCAGAUAAUGGCACCUGAAGAUCUCCAUGUCUUCUCACAGCUAUCAACAGCAAACAUUAGUCAGAGAAUUACCAUCCCUUAUUCAGGUGCCUUUUGUGUCAUACAGCAUAGACUCAAACACCUAUAUGAGAGUGUAGAGCCCUUAGUGGAUGAAGAAUCUGGAGUUCCAACAUUGCAUGUCCAUAGGUGCGUGACAGUGAAGCAUGAGUCUGAGAAGCAUAUCUCCUUGCAUUGGUCAUCAGACCCCAUUAGUGACAUGGUGUCAGAUUCAAUUGUUUCUCUAGUUUUAAAUAUGAGCCGUGAGGCCCCAAAAAUAAUGGAUGAAUCGGAUGCCAUAAAAAUUGAGGAAGAGAAUGAGAAGAAGACAGAGAAGGUCAUGGUUGCCCUCCUCGUUGCACUCUUUGGAGAUGUGAAGGUAGGAGAAAAUGGGAAGUUGAUAAUUAACAUUGAUGGGAAUGUGGCAGAGCUCGACAAAGAAAGUGGGGAGGUUGAGAGUGAAAAUGAAGGCCUUAAGGAAAGAGUAAGAACAGCAUUCCGGCGUAUUAAAAUUUCUGUGAAGCCAAUUCCUCUACCUGCACUGUAGUUCUUUCCUCUCCUUUUAUUGUCUUGACAAGGUGAAAUGGCAGUGCUCAUGACAUUAAAACAUACUCCACCAUCUUAAGACAAUUAUCAUAACAUGUAGUUACUUUCCCGUUAACAUGAACUUUGACACAACAUUCCAGCUCCUUUAUUUUUAUUUUUAUUUCAAAUGUUUAAUCAUUUAAUCUUAAUUUAUUAUUCAGUUUUUAUUAAUUGGAUACUCAAGGGCAUGUACUGGCUUUGA